AUGAAGGGCAAUCACCUAACCGCAGCUGCAAUCGUAGGACAAGAUGGCACUGUUUGGGCUCAAAGCUCCUAUUUCCCCUCGUUUGACAAUGGUGAGAUAACUGCGAUUGUGGAAGAAUUGGACCAGCCUGGAAGGAUUGACAUACUUAUUGGUGGCAAGCAAUACACAUUAAUUGAAGGAAUAGACAACGAAGUCAUUCGGGGAGAGCGGGGCUCUGGUGGAGUAACCAUCAAAAGGACGAGGGAGGCAUUGGUUAUCGGCAUCUAUGAGGAGCCUGUGACUCAUGACAUGUGCAACGCACUUGUUGAAACAUUAGGCGAUUACAUUGCUAAUACUCUUGGAAUGUAA